AUGGAGAUGAUAUCAAACUUCAAGAUGUCAAUGAUGGAAGAAUUCGACAUGACAGACUUGGAAGAAUUACAUCAUUUUUUGGGCAUCAAGAUGCUGCAAUCAAAAGGUGGCAUAUUCAUCUUACAAGAAAAGUAUGCAACUCAAUUGUUAGAAAAAUUCAACAUGAAGAAUGCAAAUCCUGUCUCUACUUAUUGCAUCAUAUGUCUAAAAUUGAGUAAGAAGGGUGAGGGAAAACUUGUGAAUCCUACUCUAUUUCGAAGCCUUAUUGGAAAUUUAAUGUAUCUCACUGCUACAAGACCCGAUAUUAUCUACGGGGUGAGCUUGCUGAGCAGAUUCAUGGAGAAAACAUAUUCAAAUCAUUGGGAAGCUGCAAAGAGAAUCCCGCGCUAUGUUAAAGGGAGCAUCAAUCUUGGCAUUUUCUACGUGUUGGAUAUAUUGAUAGCGAUCUUACUGGAAGUACUGAUGAUUCACGGAGCAUUUCAGGCUAUGUAUUUACUCUUGGGAGUGGAAUUAUUUCAUGGUGCUAAAAAAAAACAGCCGGUCGUGGCGACUUCUACCACCGAAGCUGAAUACAUUGCAAUGGCUUUGGUAGGGUUCCAAACUUUGUGGUUAAGAUGA